AGUAGCGGCGCUGCGACUCCACUUGUUAACAGGUUCUCGCUCGCCGACUCCACGGUACCCGAUGACACAUGGUGCCCAAGACGCACGCCUCUCUCUACCUACUUGAAGCGUUCGAUUGAUUUACCGCGGGAUUCCACCGUAGUUAACCACACGGUGUACGAUACACGACACGUUUUUUAUUAAUUCCGUUCAUUUCGGAAUCGGCUACAACUUCGUACCGGACUUUACGUGCGCUCUCUACUACACAACACUUACAAACUCAAAUAGUUACGAACUGUCGAUGUUACUGCUACAACUACCUUUUGGGCGUCCGGUGCGGUUGUGAUUAAAGGAUGUUUUUGACGCGAGUUUUGUUCAUUAUUUACGACUUUUAAACGUGAACUGUGGGGGCGAGGACUUUUAUCUAUCUACUUUAUAUUUUCUUUGCUGAACGUUCACUUCAACACCCAUCAAGACGGCUUCAGAUCCGUACGAGGAGGAAAAUCUUUCGAGUACAUCGGCUUCAGACGAAUCAGGAUGCGAGGCUGACAUGGCAGAAGGCGGUGCCGAAGAGGAGAGUGGUGACAUGCUGGGGCCAGCGACAGCGCCAAUCCACCAAUCUCCAUCUGCUCUCAACGUGAAGGCAGAGGAGAGUGACCGUGAGAGCAGCUGUGGUUCCCCGGACCCGGCCACUACGAUGGGAGUUGACGAAGCAACCGACCUACACCUGGCACAGAAGCUCCUUCACGGACGCGCCGAAGAACCAAUACAAAACGAACGAAAGAUGAGUCCACCGGUAGCUACACCAACUACUCAUCUAAAUGGAGCUAUGGCCGGGUUGGUUACCCUACAGAAUUUGCAGAACCUCGCCACGUUGCAACAAACCCUUCCGCAGGUGGCGUCGCUGGCAGCAGGACUGCAAAACAUAGCAAACUUGGCGACGAGCAGCUCGGCUUCGAACGCUCCUCUAAAUCUUAGCGUGAAUGCAACAGCAUCCUCUUCACCGCGCGCGGGUGUCCAGUCCUCCGGUGGAGUACCCUGCGAACCCCCCUCAGGAUUGAUGGGGGGCAAUCUGAACCCGCAGCAGCAGCAACAGCAGCAGCAGGCCGCGCCAUCAAUCCCGCCCCUCAUGACCUCCCAGCAACCCGCCCCGAUGCCACAAUUUAUUCUCGCCUCGGGUCAACUUGUGCAGGGUAUACAAGGCGCCCAAUUACUCAUACCCACGUCGCAAGGGCUCGCUACACAGACAAUCCUUACCAUACCAGUCAACCAUGUAAAUAGUAGUGAUCAGAUUGUUAACUUAGCGCUGACUAAUGGACAGGUUGUAUCGACAUCGUUAGCGAACCUUCAAGCGAUGGCUCAGCCCAGUAUUCUGCCAGCGAACGUUCCCACAACAAACGGAACGAUAGGACCUCCACCGUUGUUAAAUCCACCGAAUCUCACCCAUUUACUCACCAACAACUCUACUCAACAGCUAUUACAAACAUUACCACAAAUGUUGGGCGCCCCCCAUCCGGGAGCACCUCCACUUUUGAAUCCUUUAGCUCAACCCGUGUCAUCCCUUUUAACGCCUCCGUCUACUUUACUAUCAACACCGUCAACCCAAACCAAUCCUAAUCAAAGCAGGUCUCAAUUAAGUAUAAAUCCGUUAAGUACAGCACAUUUUACUGAAACGAAAAUGCACCAACCGACGCCGUUAGUGAAAAGAUCUACGUCACCACCAACACCGAAUUUAAGUAACCUAAGUAGGUUAGCUACCAGUAAUGGAGAACUUACUAUUACCACAUCACAUGGGCCCAACUCUAGUCAAAAUUUGAAGCGAUCACCUUCGUCACUAUCACCAAAUUGUAAUGAUAGUUCGACUGCUGAUUUACUAAUAGAUUCACCAAAUCAGCCUACAAUUAAUCAAACAAACAGUAACGUUGUGGACGGCAUCAAUUUAGAUGAAAUCAAGGAUUUUGCGAAAGCUUUCAAACUACGAAGGCUAUCGCUAGGAUUAACCCAAACUCAAGUAGGACAAGCUUUAAGUGUGACGGAAGGUCCGGCUUACAGUCAAAGUGCAAUAUGCAGUGCCCUGGCCUCACAGAUGUUCGCCGCACAACUUUCCUCACAGCAGCAAUCAAUGUUUGAGAAGUUGGAUAUUACACCGAAAAGCGCUCAAAAAAUUAAACCAGUACUGGAAAGAUGGAUGAAAGAAGCUGAAGAAAGUUUUUCUAGGUACAAAAGCGGACAGAAUCACUUAACGGACUUCAUAGGAAUCGAACCGUCUAAAAAACGAAAGAGGAGAACGUCGUUUACGCCUCAGGCUUUAGAAUUAUUAAACGCGCACUUUGAAAGAAACACACAUCCUUCUGGAACUGAAAUAACGGGUUUGGCUCACCAAUUAGGAUAUGAACGUGAAGUAAUCCGGAUAUGGUUUUGUAAUAAACGGCAAGCACUGAAGAAUACGGUGCGAAUGAUGUCUAAAGGAAUGGUGUAAACGUAAUCGAACAAAAAAGUUAAAUAAUUUUAAAAAAAUGAUACAUUAGUGCAACGCCUGUGAUCACACGAACUGUAAACGAUGAUACCAAGAGGAUUCGUAUUAUUAUUGUUAAUAUAAUAUAAAUAUGACGGACGCACUGAAAAUGGAUUUAUAUGCAAUGUAUUAUUAUGAGGAAUAGUGUCGUGUGCGCGAUCGUACGGCGAUGGACAACGGUUCAUGCUAAUGUCCGUUUAAUUGGCGCAAUUAACAAGAAUAAUCGGCCUCCAUUUGAAAAUGUUCGGACGAAUUAACCAUUAUCAUUACUGAGUAAUGUAAUUGCGCCAAUUGGACGUGCAACGAUGGAAAAAUAAAUACUUAGAUAGUUAUAUUUUUCGAUUGGUGUUUCAUUAAAUUAUUAAACGAAUCAGUAUACGGAACGUAUAAAAAAAGAGUACAGUCAGUUUCACUUUAAAUUCGCUUCGUCUAAAUUCCCUGUAGUGUCAUCUAGUGACGGUUUUCCUGAAAGUGUUGACGUAGAAUCCUGUAAAAUAAAUACCAGCCUGGUGUAGAACCUCGCUAAAAUACACAGAAAACGAUCGAUUUAGUAGCGAACGACAAUUUACCGAAGGCAAUAUUGUGCGCGAGUGUGUAUAGUUUUAAAGAUAAAUCGCGACCUUUUGUUCUCUCAUGAUAGGGUUCGCAAAAAGUCGUUUAACUAAAUAAAAAGAAAUAGCUUUACUCAAGUUUGUAAAAAGUACUGUAUAAAAACAACAUAUCCAAUCAGUGGGUUUCCCCCACAAUUUGUAUACGUAUUAUGAUAAUAUUUAGAUAGAGAUUGUAAUUAUUGUAUUUUUCACAAGUGACCAAAAUGGUGUGAUGCCAGAAAUAUUGUUCGAAAUUUAUAAUAUUUGGAAAAACUCGGAUAUAUAAAAAAAGAUGGAGACUAUUUAUUACAAAUUGUUAUUUCGAUUUAUAUUGAUGCAAAAUUUUCCGUGAAUAAGGCAUAGCGCCAUCUUGUGACUUUUCCAUUGUAUCGAAAGUAUUUCUCAUGCUUUUACGUGUACUUUCCAUAUAUAAAAAGUAUAUAAAAAAGAAGACGGUUAGUUAGUCAUACUGUGCAAGUAUUUAUUUCCGAAUUUAUUUUUUUAUAAGCUAUUUAUAUUUAUUAUUUGAUUAUAUGAAUUAUAAUAAUAUACGAUUAGAAAUUGUGUUUAGAUUUUCGUUUUAUUCUUUGAUCAGUAGGAGAUUUUGCAAUCUCCGAAAGAAACCAAAGUUCCUACUAGCAUCGUAAGCGCUGUAUCUCUUUGUACAUAACAAUAAUUUUAAGAAGUUAAGAAAGUUCAUUAUUAUAACCAUUGAUGACGAUGAUUAUUAGUUAUUAUUAUAAUUACGAUUUAUUAUUACUGCAAUUAUUAUUACCUUUAUUGAAGUCUGUGUCAGAGUAGAUAUUAUUACGAUUAUCACGCAGGAAAAAAACGCUAGUUGCUAAAGUUUAGCAUUCGUGAAUGAAUAACUGAGAAGAAAUUGUAAAUGUUUGUGAUGUAGACGUAUAAUUAAAUAAAAGUAAUUGUGGUACGA